CACUAUAUUGAAACCCUAACUCCCAAAUUUUACACAAUUUUAUCGAUUCCAAAGGGGAGCAGAUUAAAUUCUCGAGAAUAAGAAUGCAACAUCAGAGGCUGAAGCAACAACAGCAACAAGCAUUGAUGCAGCACGCUCUCCUUCAACAACAAUCUCUUUAUCAUCCCGGCCUCUUAGCUCCUCCCCAGAUCGAGCCAAUUCCAAGUGGAAAUCUGCCUCCUGGGUUUGAUCCAAAUACAUGCCGCAGUGUGUAUGUGGGUAACAUUCAUACACAAGUUACUGAACCACUUCUUCAAGAGGUUUUUGCAAGCACUGGUCCUGUUGAAGGCUGCAAACUCAUAAGAAAAGAUAAGUCAUCUUAUGGAUUCAUCCACUACUUUGACCGUAGAUCAGCUGCACUUGCUAUAGUAUCUCUAAAUGGAAGGCAUUUAUUUGGGCAGCCUAUUAAAGUCAAUUGGGCAUAUGCCAGUGGCCAGAGGGAGGAUACCUCAGGUCACUACAAUAUAUUCGUAGGUGAUCUUAGCCCUGAAGUUACAGAUGCUAUGCUGUUUGCUUGCUUCUCUGCCUAUGCUAGUUGCUCGGAUGCAAGGGUAAUGUGGGACCAGAAAACGGGCCGUUCACGAGGUUUUGGCUUUGUUUCUUUUCGUGAUCAACAGGAUGCUCAAAGUGCUAUAAAUGACUUAACGGGUAAGUGGCUUGGGAGUAGGCAAAUACGCUGCAACUGGGCCACAAAAGGUGCUGGUACUAGUGAUGAAAAACAAGCUUCAGAUUCCUCCAAAAGUGUAGUCGAGUUAACUAAUGGAACUUCAGAGGAUGGUAAAGAGCUUGGUAACAGUGAGGCACCCGAGAAUAACCCACAGUACACGACUGUUUUUGUUGGCAACCUUGCCCCCGAAGUGACCCAGCUUGAGCUUCAUCGGCAUUUCCAUUCGAUUGGUGCUGGUGUAAUUGAGGAAGUGAGACUGCAACGCGAUAAAGGAUUUGGUUUUGUGAGAUACAGUAAUCAUGGGGAGGCCGCUCUCGCUAUUCAAAUGGGCAACACACAAUCCGUUUUAUAUGGUAAACAAAUUAAGUGCUCAUGGGGAAGCAAGCCGACUCCUCCGGGAACAAGUUCAAAUCCGUUACCGGAACCGGCACCUGCACCGAUGCUAUCGGCGGUUGAUUUGUUGGCGUAUGAGCGACAGCUGGCGAUGAGUAAGAUGGGAUUGGGUGUGGGAGGGGUGCAUGGUCCGCCUAUGAUGGGGCAGCAUCCUUUUAAACAAAUGGGAAUGGGAAUGGGAAUGGGUGGUGCUGCCGGAGCAAGUCAGGCCAUAUAUGACGGUGGUUUUCAGAGCAUUGCUGCCGCCCAACAACUCAUGUAUUAUCAGUGAGAGGACGAGUCACUAGUGCUGUUGACCUUUCUUUCUUUUUUAAAUCUCGCUGGCCUUUACACGUGCCUUUGCAGAUAUUGUUUUUGAGAUUUUUAGGAGGCUUUGUG